GCGACCUCCACAUGUUGGGCCGUGGGCAGAGGAAAAGUUGAUGAAAAUAAUUUCUUUGUAUUGAUUUAGCCAGUCCAUAAAUCCUUGGGGGUCGCGAACCGCUUUAGAGGAGAGAAGAUGGACCUGAUCACUAUACUUGAGAAGACCGUCUCUCCAGAUCAGAAUGAACUGCAGGAGGCUCAAAAGUACCUAGAACAAGCAGCAGGACAAAAUCUACCUGAGCUUUUACGGCAGCUGUCGGAUAUUUUAAAACAUGGCGGGAACAGCCCCGUGGCCAGAAUGCAAGCUGGGUUGCAGUUGAAAAAUGCCCUCUACUCCAAGGAUGCAGCUGUGAAAUUAGAGUACCAAACAAGAUGGCUGGCUUUUCCAGAGGAAGUCAGGACUUAUGUCAAGAAAAAUAUAUUAGAGACUUUAGGCACUGAGCAGACUCGGCCCAGCUCCGCGGCUCAAUGUGUGGCCUAUGUGGCCUGUACUGAGCUGCCCAAUGGUCAGUGGCCAGACCUGAUGGCUGUACUGGUCCAGAAUGUGACCAAUGCUACCAGCACAGAGAUGAUGAAGGAGUCCACUUUGGAGGCUAUUGGUUAUAUAUGUCAAGACAUUGACCCAGAAAUACUUCAAUCACAGUCUAAUGAAAUCCUCACAGCUAUAGUUCACGGCAUGAAGAAGGACGAACCAAGCAACCAUGUCAGGCUAGCAGCAACAAAUGCAUUACUUAAUUCGUUAGAAUUCACAAAAGCAAACUUUGACAAGGAGCAAGAGCGUCACUUCAUCAUGCAAGUAGUCUGCGAGGCCACCCAGUCGGUGGACACACAGGUCAAGGUCGCCGCCCUGCAGUGCCUGGUCAAGAUAAUGUCCCUCUACUAUCAAUAUAUGGAGCACUAUAUGGGGCCAGCCUUAUUUGCUAUCACCAUGGAAGCCAUGAAGAGUGAUGUGGAUGAGGUAUCUCUGCAGGGUAUAGAGUUCUGGUCCAGUGUUUGUGAUGAAGAGGUAGAUUUGGCCAUAGAGGCUUCAGAAGCUGCUGAGCAGGGCAGACCCCCAGAAAGGACCAGUAGGUUUUAUGCAAAAGGCGCCCUUCAGUAUUUAAUUCCCAUCCUAACCCAGGUCCUCACAAAACAGGAAGAGUUUGAUGACGAUGACGACUGGAACCCAUGUAAAGCAGCAGGAGUGUGUCUGAUGUUGAUGGCGACGUGUUGUGAGGACGACGUGGUCCCUCUGGUCCUCCCCUUUGUAAAAGACAAUAUCCAGAGUCCAGACUGGAGGUUUAGAGACGCUGCAGUUAUGGCCUUUGGCUCAAUUUUGGAAGGCCCAGAUCCUCAGAACCUGAAACCUAUUGUAGAACAAGCCAUGCCAAUGUUGAUCAACCUUCUAAAGGAUCCCAGCGUAGUGGUACGGGAUACUGCAGCCUGGACGGUGGGGCGUGUGUGUGAACUGCUACCUGACGCCGUGGUCAAUGAGGUGGUGCUGAAACCACUGCUGCAAGCUCUCGUGGAAGGUCUCCAGUCUGAGCCCAGGGUGGCCUCUAAUGUCUGUUGGGCAUUCUCCAGUCUUGCUGAAGCCGCCUAUGAGUCUGUAGAAAUACCAGAUGAUGCUGAGGAGCCAGAUACCUACCCACUGUCCGAGUACUUUGAGGCCAUCAUACAGAGGCUUCUAGAAACCACAGACAGAAAUGAUGGCAGUCAGCACAAUCUGAGAAGUGCAGCAUAUGAAGCUCUGAUGGAAAUGGUGAAAAAUAGUCCAAAGGAUUGUUACGUCACAGUUCAGAAGACGACACUAGUGAUAUUGGAAAGGUUGCAGAGAGUCUUACAAAUGGAAGGCCACAUCACGUCCAGUAAUGACCGUGUCCAGUAUAAUGAUCUGCAGUCCCUGCUGUGUGCCACACUUCAGAGUGUCCUGAGGAAGGUGACACCAGAGGACGCCCCCCACAUCUCAGACCCCAUCAUGACAGCCCUGCUACAGAUGUUACAGAACUCUUCAGGCAGGGCAGGCGGUGUACAGGAGGACGUGCUUCUGGCCAUGUCCACUCUGGUGGAAGUCUUAGGAGAACAGUUCAUCAAAUAUAUGGAUGCAUUUAAGCCGUACUUACUGGUAGCUCUGAAGAACCAUGCAGAAUAUCAGGUGUGUCUGGCAGCAGUUGGCCUGACAGGAGAUAUAUGCAGAGCUUUAGGAAACAACGUCUUAGCUUAUUGUGAUGAGCUGAUGACUGUACUGUUGGAGAACUUAGGGGAUACAAGUGUUCAUAGGUCCGUGAAGCCUCAGAUAUUGUCCGUGUUUGGGGACAUAGCUCUCGCUAUUGGGCCAGAGUUCAAGAAGUACCUGGAUGUGGCUCUGGGCACACUGAAACAGGCCUCGGAAGCACAAGUAGACAAGACUGACUAUGACAUGAUAGACUAUCUGAAUGAGCUGAGGGAGGGAUGUCUUGAGGCCUACACUGGAAUAGUGCAGGGGUUGAAGGGAGAUGGAGAACAGCCUAAUCCUGACGUGAAUUUAGUUCAGCCACACGUGCCUCACAUGAUCUCCUUCAUAGAACACAUAUUCCAAGAUGAAGACCACACUGACGGCAACAUUGCAGCCAGCAGUGGAUUGGUUGGUGAUCUGGUUUGUGCCUAUGGUGAGGCCAUCCUACCUCUGGUGGACAAGGGUGCCAUCACCAACCUGCUGACCAAGGGGCGCAGGUCCAAGACCAACAAAACCAAGGCCCUGUCCACCUGGGCCACAAAGGAAAUACGAAAACUCAAAAAUACAUCGUCUUGAGAACAACAUUUGAUGCAUUGGACAAACUGAAGAUGAGCCCAAGGAGAGAGGAGUUGCGUGGCUCAACGAAUGCGAGGUGUGUGCGUGAGUGUAUGCAUGGUGCCUCAUACAUCAUUCUGAUCAUGAUGAGAGAUGACAAGACAAGCCAAGCAGUCAUCUACUGCUGCUUCAUUUGUCCUGGAAAUAAAAGAGGGCACAUAUGGUUAUAUAACAUUAAAACCCACCCUUACCUCCAGCACCAGAGCCGAGGUGAUGGAACAUACUGGAUGCUGAUUGUUAUCAUGCCAGACUCUAAUACACAUGGACCUGGGUAUGACGUCAUCGUAAUAACAGUUUUUAAAAAACUUGUUAUGAGUUUUCAACCAGAAGCAUCAUCUGUGAGUGAAUGAAUGAGAGUGAUCGAUCACGCUGUAUGCAGAGAGAGUGGUGGUAGUCUCUCUGUCCGAGAAUUCUGUUAAACAUAUAAUAUUGAGAAUCUCACUGUGGAGAAGUGGAGGUGAAUGAUAUCAUUGAACUUUGUAAUCAGUGGAGUGUGCUGCUUAGUAGACCCUGGGUAGUUUUUGGGACAGUUUAACCAAACAAAUAAUGAUAAUAUUGAAUUGAGAUCUUUGGUUUGGGAGGAUUAAGGGGAUACUCUGAUCAUGAGCACCAAAUAUUUUAUUCUGACCAAUGGACCUGAAAGUGCACCUAGAGUUAGCAUAUAAAAUUCCACCCAUGGCUGGAAGUAUUUGGGCAACAUUUGCCUCUAUAUAAUUAAACAACACAUGACUUUUUGCCAUCUUAAAUCCAAAACGGUGUGUCAUAUUCAGAUAUAUGACUAGUGUCAAAAGAAAUUUAUCUCAGAAAAACUUAUGGCAAGAUAAGCUCAUUCUGCUUCACAGAUACUGCUACCUCUUCGUAAUAAUGGUUAAUGGCCACCUCGUCCACUGGUCACAGAAUCGUAGGAAUCGUCCGAGAUAGCCCAGUGGUUCUUAUAACACAGCAUGAAAUUGGGCAAGAUUUCAUUGGAUUUAGAGAAGUAGGAUCAGAGAUGACUCGGACAAGCAACUGCAGCGUGGGAAAAAUGUAUUCAAGGAUUUUUUUUCCGGUUGAGUUACAUUGCUUACCAAGGUGACAUUCCAGCGCAUAGUGUUUCCAAGUUAUCGCUGAGAAGGUCUGCUCCACUACAUGCAGUAUCUUGCAGGUUUUGUACUCUUAUGUUGACAGCCUCCCUUUAGGUCAUCUUGCAGGAUUUCCAUUGGUUGUCUCAGUAGAGAGGUGACUAGUUCCAUGGUAUUAUUUCCUCCUGCAUCCCCCCCACAGUGGUCACAGGGCUAUAGAGAUCAUACGGAUCUGUACCCAUUGAUGAGUGAAUGCAUGAAUGUCCCCCAUUCUUCAUAGAACAUGUGAGAAUGUUGUUAGUGUAACUUGGUACGAUCAUCUGUUCUGUCAAAUGUAUAAGUUUACUUUAUGUUUAUGUUAUGUGUAUGUUAUGUAUAGGUUUCCUAAUGGAUGGGACUGUAGUAUAUUAAAUGAACCUAUCUUGAACUUGAUACACUUACAUCUCUUUAUUCUCUUUUUGUGUAAAAUACUGUAAAUCGCUUGUUAUGCAGGUGAGGCUACCAAAAAUCUUGCUUGAUCUUCAGUAAAACUUGUCACAAACUUGGAGAAUAUUUAAGUUGGCAUAAAGAUUGUCAUUUCCUCUCUCCAUGACUGGCAUGAAUUAAAGCAGUUUGAUUCUCUUGAAUGCUUUGGCAGUUUAUGCAUUUCCCCCCCCGAGACCGUAGCCACCAUAAAUAGCAAUUUUCUUGUUAUUAGUUUGAAAGUGCAUCAUAUUUAUUGAUAUUUUACAAUUGACAGACAUACUGCACUUAUUUUCAUAUUAAGGUAAUAUGUUCACAACAUUGUCAAAUAACACUGGCUUCAAAUUGCAGUGUAACAUGAAAAACAAUGCUAUCCUUAAAGUGUUACAGUGUAGUUUUACUACCAAUUCUGAGUCUGAUUUUGCCAUUGAAUCAGAACAUUUGAUGAUACUGUUGUGAUUCUAAAAUUUCAAGUUCUCAGGUCCUGAUACGUUGUGUAAGCUAGUUAAAAGGACCAUUAAGAUGGUUUCCAUAGAAAACAAUUCUAGAGGUUGAAUUAAUAGCAGUGAAUACUUUCCCUGUCUGCAGGCCAGAUAAUUUGCUACUUGGAAGUUUUUCUUGGUUCAUUUCAGAACAUUGCAUAUUGUUUCUCCAGUUACUCAGUUUACACAAUGCAGUAGAGUAAUUUGCCAAAUGCAUUAAAACUGUAAAUUGCCUCAGUUUGUUUUCCUGCAGAUUCCAAUUUGUCAAAAUAUUUGAAUAAACUAUGUUAUGCAGAUGCUUUAA